AUGGCAAAGAAAGGUGCAACGAAACAUUGCUGCUGGGGAACCUGUACCUCUGAUUCAAGGUACCCCGAUCGAAUGCCGGAAGGUACGAAAUUCUUCCCGUUUCCCAAGCCAGGCAAGAUUCGCCAGGACUCUACAGAAUGGGAGAAAAGUCAAGCGAAGCUUAAAACGGAGAAGGCCCGAAGAUGGCAAUAUUUAUGUGGGAGGAAAGACUUUUCAAGACCAGAGCAAAUAACGAAAGAUACUUAUAUUUGUUCGUUGCAUUUUGCAGAAAGUUCUGGACCAACAGAUGAGCAUCCUGAACCUCUCCUUGCCUGUCUGACGGAUAAAGAAGCAGAGGCAAGAAUGAAAAGAAAAAGAAAGCCUGCUAAGGAUCGCUGUUCUGAUGGCCUAAAUGAAAAAAUAAGAAAAAAAUCUCACUUGGGGAUAGCAUUUGAUGACAAGAAUGAUAAUAUUCGGGAUGACGAAAAAGCUGCUGAAUUACCAGGACCUUCAGGUGUGUUGAAUGAUGCUGUAAAAGAAAAAAAUCAAGAAAAGGCAACACAAACAGUGUAUGAUAACUAUAUUCUAGGUGCCAAGAUUGAAACCAUGCUGAUACGAAAUCGUGUCAAAGUAGACAACGUUGACAAAGAUAAAUAUGUACCCAAAAAUUCAAUGUUGCCAGAGUCAAUACUCACUGACAAGAAGAAAGCAAAAUUUUUCACAGGACUCUUUCCUCUGCAAUUUGAUGCUUUAUACAAUUUUCUUGGCCCAGCAAAAUUUGAGCUCGUCUAUUGGAAGGGCGACAAGAGUAAAACAAGUAAGGAGCCUUCUAAAAGCACAAGCAAUGAAAUGGGAUGCAAAAAAGUGUUUACUCUGAGGGAAGAACUAUUCAUAACUCUGCUGAAAUUAAGAAGAGGAUUCACCCAUCAAACAAUAGCCUACAUGUAUGAUGUCUCAGUGUCUUUGAUUAGUAGUAUCUUCAUUACAUGGAUACAAUUUAUUUAUUUACAUUUCAAAGAAAUUAAGAACCCAAUGUUUCCAAGUAAAGAAGAUCUGAAGCCAUUUUUGCCAAAGGUUUUCAAGCCGUUUAGAAAUGUGAGGUGUUCUAUUGACUGCACAGAGUUUUUUUGUCAGACUCCAAGGGACUAUGCACAUCAAGGCAAUGUUUAUUCUUCAUAUAAACACCAUGCUACAUUUAAGGCUUUAAUAGCAGUGACACCAAAUGGGUCUGCAUGCUUUAUUUCUGACCUUUAUGAGGGCAGUAUUGAUGAUGUCUCAAUAACAAGCCAAUGUGGCAUCCUAGACCACAUAGAACCUGGAGAUGUGCUGUUAGUUGACAAAGGUUUCACCAUCCAGGAGCUUCUUUAUGCAAAACAAGCAACGAUAAAGAUACCAGCAUUUUUAGGCAAAAGGGACAAGCUGACAAAGGAGGAAGAGAUGGCCACAAGAAGGAUAGCCAAGGCACGAAUUCACGUUGAACGAUUUAAUGAACGUUUAAAGAAAUUUUUACUUGUUGGAAGGACAAUUCCUCUGUCAUUAAUCCCUAUAGCUUCACAAUUAGUUUAUGUAGCAAGCUGUCUUGUCAACUUUCAAGCACCCUUAUGUAAAUAA